UGGUCUGAAGGAGGAGGAUGAGACGGUCAAGGUACUGCACCAGGCUGCUAAUGAUGCUAAUGCCGCUCUUGUUGACGCUAAUAUAUCAGUUAUUGAUGCCAAUGACACUGAGGGUGCAGCCUUACCUAUUGAUGAUAUUGGACCCAUGGAGGAAUUCACUUUCUUUGAUAGAGAUAAUCCAGAGAUGGCCGUGGGUGACACUUUUCCUUCAAUGGAUACCUUUAGAAUGGCACUCAAACACUAUGCUAUCAAAAGGGAGUUUGACAUAAAAAUUAUGAUGUCUCAGCCAAAAGAAGUAUAUGGCUAAUUGCAAGAAGUUUGAAGAAGGUUGUCCUUGGAAGAUUACGGCCAAGAAGAAGCAAGUGGGCACUACUGUGGUAGUGACUGAGUUGGAGGACAAGCAUAUGUGCGCCUCUAGAAGCAGGAAGAAAACUAGUAUGGCAUCGCAGAGCUGGGUUGCUGAAAGAGCAGAAAUAAUCAUGAAGAAUGGCCCAGAGAUGAGUGCUACUGACAUACAAAAGAAGCUUCAGAGUGACUACAAUGUGAAGGUUCCAUAUCAUACUGUUUAUAAGGGUCGACAAAGAGCUAUUGUUGAUCUAUAUGGGAGCUGGGAAGAAAGCUUUCGAUUGUUGUACAACUUCAAAGCAGAGAUUGAGCUGAGGUCACCCUGGAGUGUUGUAGAGAUUGCCACCAAGGAAGUUGAAGGUAAAACGUUUUUUGACAAGUUCUUCAUUGCGUUUAAGCCAUGCAUAGAUGGAUUUUUGAGUGGGUGUAGACCAUACUUAAGUAUAGGCUCAACUCAUUUAAAUGGUAAGUGGAAUGGACACCUAGCCACAGUCACAACUUUGGACGGACAUAAUUGGAUGUUUCCUGUAGCUAUUGGAUUUUUUGAUGCUGAAACUAGAGAAAACUGGACCUGGUUCACGAGCCAACUAAAGAAGGCAAUAUGCAAUCCUCCUAUAUUGGCUAUAUGCACAGAUGUGUGCAAAGACUUAGAAAAUGCAGUGAAGACUGUUUUUCCAAAUGCCGAGCAAAGAGAGUGUUUUAGGCACCUUAUGGGAAAUGCGAACAGCAACAAGAUGGCCCAGAAUCCAUGCAAACUGAUGGCUCUCCCUUCAAAUUCCUUCCACCAGCUCCAGUGGUUCUCUUUUGCCAGAGCUCGCCACCCCUGA